AUUGGAAAAGCGAGCGGAAAGUUAAGGACUUUUAUAAUUGAGCCCUUUUUGCCGCACAAACAAGAGGAAGAGGCCUAUAUCUGUAUCUAUUCUCACCGUUCGGGCGAUACUAUACUUUUCCAUCACGAGGGAGGCGUCGAUAUCGGAGAUGUGGACUCCAAAGCGCUCAAAGUGGACAUUCCUAUCGACACACAACUCACCGACAGUCAAGUGAAACAACUCCUGAAGAAUAUACCGGCGGAUAAACUCGAAAUUGUGUCCAAAUUUGUGCACGACUUGUAUCGGGUUUAUGUCGACCUCUACUUCACGUAUUUGGAGAUCAAUCCAUUGGUUGUCACAAAGAAUUCAAUAAAUAUUCUGGAUUUGGCGGCGAAGUUAGACUCGACCGCAGAAUUUAUUUGCAAACAAAAAUGGGGUGAAUUUGAAUACCCGCCCCCUUUCGGUCGCGACGCCUUCCCCGAAGAGGCAUACAUUGCCGACUUGGACGCCAAAUCGGGUGCCAGUCUUAAGCUGACCAUUUUGAACAAGAGUGGCCGCAUCUGGACAAUGGUCGCCGGCGGCGGCGCGUCUGUCAUCUACGCGGACACCAUCUGCGAGUUGGGCGGCGCCGCAGAACUGGCCAAUUAUGGCGAAUACUCGGGCGCUCCGAGCGAACAGCAGACCUACGAAUACGCGAAGACUAUACUGACUCUAAUGACUAAAGAGAAACACCCGAACGGAAAGUUACUGUUGAUCGGCGGCGGAAUCGCUAACUUCACUAACGUUGCCGCGACUUUCAAAGGCAUUGUCAAAGCGUUGCGCGAAUUCCAGACCAAACUCAUCGAACACAGCGUCCAGAUAUUUGUCCGCCGCGCCGGACCUAACUAUCAGGAGGGCCUACGGGUUAUGCGCGAGACCGGCAACACUCUGGGCGUUCCCGUCCACGUGUUCGGACCCGAGACACACAUGACUGCUAUCGUGGCGAUGGCUCUCCAGAAGAAAGACAUUCCCGAAUUGCCCGAAUCGAAGGUAACGACAGCUAAUUUUUUAUUGCCCGGUAAUAUUCACGGCAAUAACGGACAGAAUGAAGACUCGGGCAACAAUUCCGGUCAGACCGGGUUCAACGGCCCGCACUCUGACGCCAACUCUAACGCCGUGAACGCCACCACUGGUGACGCCUCCAAACCGCUGUUCAGUCCGACCACCAAAUCGAUUGUGUGGGGAAUGCAGACCCGAGCCGUUCAGUCGAUGCUUGACUUUGACUUUGUCUGCUCUCGCAAAGAGUGGUCAGUGGCCGCUCUGGUCUACCCGUUCACCGGUGACCACAAGCAGAAGUUCUAUUGGGGACACAAAGAGAUUCUGAUUCCCGUCUACAAGAAUAUGGCCGACGCCAUGAGGAAACACCCGGACGUUGACGUCAUGAUUAGCUUUGCGUCGCUUCGGUCCGCUUAUGACAGCACUCUGGAGACACUACAGUUCCCGCAGAUCCGUACCAUCGCUAUCAUUGCCGAAGGAAUUCCCGAAAAUAUGACCCGAAAGAUGAACAAAGAGGCGGCACUGAAGGGCGUCACUAUCAUAGGUCCGGCCACUGUUGGGGGCAUAAAACCCGGUUGUUUUAAGAUCGGAAACACCGGUGGAAUGAUGGACAACCUGUUGGCGUCGAUGUUGUACAGACCGGGUAGUGUGGCGUAUGUCUCCCGAUCGGGCGGUAUGUCCAACGAGUUGAAUAACAUCAUCUCGAGGGCGACAAACGGCGUGUACGAAGGCGUGGCCAUCGGUGGCGACCGAUAUCCGGGCACAACCUUUUUGGACCAUUUGUUGCGCUACGAAAAGGAUCCCAACAUAAAAAUGUUGGUUCUGUUGGGAGAGGUCGGCGGUGUGGAGGAGUACGAUGUGUGCAGCUCUAUCAAAGAGCGCCGCAUCACAAAGCCAGUGGUCGCCUGGUGUAUCGGCACCUGUGCCGGUAUGUUUACCUCAGAGGUGCAGUUCGGUCACGCGGGCGCCUGCGCUAACAGCGACCGCGAGACAGCGCUGGCCAAGAAUCGGGCGCUCGCCGAGGCUGGCGUUCACGUGCCCAACACUUUCGACGACUUGGGCAACACUAUCCGACGCGUGUAUCAGGAGUUAGUACAAAACAAAGUGAUCGUACCUCAGGCCGAAGUUCCGCCGCCCACCGUUCCUAUGGACUACCAGUGGGCGCGUGAGUUGGGUCUCAUCCGAAAGCCGGCCUCAUUUAUGACCUCGAUUUGCGACGAAAGGGGUCACGAGUUGUCGUAUGCGGGCAUUCCUAUCACGACUGUCAUCAAAGAAGAGUUGGGAAUCGGCGGCACAUUGUCUCUGCUGUGGUUCCAGCGCCGUCUGCCCACCUAUGCGUCCAAAUUUUUCGAAAUGGUUUUAAUGGUGACCGCAGAUCACGGACCGGCCGUCUCCGGCGCCCACAACACGAUUGUAUGCGCCAGAGCUGGUAAGGACUUAGUGUCCUCUUUGGUGUCCGGACUGUUGACAAUUGGCGACCGAUUCGGUGGCGCUUUGGACGGCGCCGCGCGUCAGUUCAGCGAGGCUUACGAUUCGGGUCUCAUUCCACACGAAUUCGUGAAUCAGACCCGAAAACAGGGCGAACUUAUUAUGGGAAUCGGACAUCGAGUCAAGUCUAUUAAUAAUCCCGAUAUGAGAGUUAAACUCAUGAAGGAUUACGUCAAACAGACAUUCCCGUCGACACCGGUCUUAGACUAUGCGCUGGAGGUCGAGAAGAUCACAACUUCCAAAAAACCGAAUCUAAUUCUAAACGUUGACGGAAUCGUUGCGGUCUCUGUCGUCGAUUUGCUCCGAAAUAGCGGUUGCUUUACGAGAGAAGAGGCACAGGAAUACAUAGACAUCGGUGUUCUCAACGGACUUUUUGUUUUGGGCCGAACUAUCGGUUUUAUCGGCCAUUAUUUGGAUCAGAAGCGACUCAAACAGGGCUUAUAUCGUCACCCGUGGGAUGACAUCUCUUAUGUCUUACCAGAGUCUCAAAUGAGCACAAAUUACUUCGAGAAUUUGGAGUGAAUUAUAAAAUUAACAAUAAAUUAGUGAAAAUUGGUGCCCAAAACAUACACAAAGUAUAACAUACACACGACUAUUGCCGAGUAGUAAUUAUAUUAGUAAAUGGACGACAAUUACAAACAAAUUUUCAAUAUAAACAACUUUUCAUGACUUCUUUCCAUCUGUUGGACUCAAUUCAUGGCUUUUUAUUAAUUUUGAAGACAUUUUUAAUUAUCUAUUUAAAAAU